AAAGCUUCAAAUAGUGAAGCACACUUCGAAGGGUACUCGAGAUGAUCACUUCCGAAUGGAACGCACCCCAGUUGACGUCGCGAGAGUGGGCGUGGCUACCUCGAAAUCCCGUCUUCCGGUCUGUCAGCUAAACCGCACAAUAACAUUUCAACGUGAUGAGGCAGUUAUAUUUGUUUAUCAUAACAAACACAUCGAUUCGCAGUACAUGACGUUUAACUGCAGUUAGUGGACGCGUGGAUUGACACAAAUUCAUAUUAGACGCGAUUAUAAAUGAAGGACAAUAACAAUGAACAGUGACUGACAGAUUCCCAUAAAUAUUGAAGUCGAGAUGUGCAUCCAAAGAUACAACCGAAAUCUAUGAGCAAAGAGUUUGUUAAAGAGGAGAACAUGAGCGAACCAGAACCCUUCAGAAUAAAACAUGAAGACACCGAGGAACAAAGAGACCUGCUGGAGUUGAACGAGGACAACGCAGAACUGGAUGAAGUGGAGGAGAAACAUCAUUUCAUAACCGGAGAAGCAGCUUUUAUUUUCUCUCGGCAUAGAAAUAAUUCAUCGCAAAACACAAUUUCGAGUACGGAAGCCAAACCGCACACAUGUGGUCACUGCGGGAAGAGUUUCAAAAAUAAACAUCAUCUUACAAGACACGCGAGUAUUCACACCGGAGUGAAACCGCACGCGUGCCCUCAGUGCGGACGGACGUUCGCUCGCACCGAAAGCCUCAUGAGGCAUCUAACAACCCACGACGGGCAGAAGCCGCACGCGUGCCACCAAUGCGGAAAGAGUUUCACGCGUCCUGAAAACCUCAAGAGACAUUCGCUGCUCCACACCGAGAAGAAACCUCACGAUGAAGUGAAGACGCAAGCGUGCCCCGAGUGCGGAAAACGAUUCAAACAUCCCCAAAACCUGAAGAGACAUUUGAGGAUCCACAGCGGCCUGAGACCGCACACGUGUCACGAGUGUGGAAAGAAGUUCAUGGACACGGAAAAGCUGAAGGUUCACAUGAGGGUCCACACCAGGGAGAAACCCUUCGCGUGUUCCCACUGCGGACGGAGAUUCAUGCAUGCCAGCAGUCUCAAAGAUCACCUGAACUCGCACUCGGCGGAAAACCCGUUUACCUGCGAGGAGUGCGGUAAACAUUUCGUUUCGGCAUCAGGGUUGAAGCGACACCUGCAGAUUCACGCCGACGAGAAGCCUUACGUGUGCUUGGCGUGUGGAAAGAGUUUUGCGCGGCUCGACUGUUUGCAGAAGCAUCAGGACAGACACACCGGCGUCAAAGCUCACGUGUGUUUCCACUGCGGGAAAGGGUUUACCACCGUCAGUCAACUGAAAGACCACGAGAAGAUUCACAGCGCAGAGAGACCGUACAAGUGUUCACAGUGCGACGGGAGGUUCGCUCGGACGACGACCCUGAAAACGCACGAGAAAGUACACGCUCGAAACAAACCCUUUCACUGCUCUACGUGUGGGAGGGGCUUCAAUAAAUCAAGAAAUCUACUGAAACAUGCGAGAAAGCGUCACAGUUGACCGUCUUCGUCAUAUGUCGGAUUUCUUUGUGAAUUAUUUAUUUGUCGUAGACGUAAAGGCACUGAUGUGUAGUGUCUUUUGUUGCACAUAUUGCUUCUAUUGUUUUCCCCUACUUUGUAAGUCUCUUUGGAUAAAAGCGUCUGCUAAAUGACUAAAUGUAAAUGUAGUGUACAUUAAAGAAACAUUUGGGGAAAAAUUUAAAUUCAUGUUUGUAUGUGACCCUUUAUGCAGUGAAACACAAAAGAAGAUAUUUUGAGAGUGUCUCGGUGGCUUUGUGUUCAUACAAUGGAAGUCAAUGGAGGUCAGUGUUGUUUGGUCAUCAACAUUCUUCAAAAUGUCUUCUUUUUGUUCUGCUGUAGAUAAAA